CAUUCCUUCUUCUCGUAAUUUUCUGUUUUUGAUUGAAGAAAUGGAAUUUUCUUUGCUGGAAAGUCGGCUCAUUUUUUAUGAAAUCAGAGAAGCAACCAACGGAACAUGCUAAAAUUGUGUCACUUUUGUGUGCCUCAUGGCAGCAAGCUUUCUUUGGGUUCUAUGGAGAAGUAGGAUCAUGGAAAGAAGCAAAGCAAUUCAACUCGAAAGGUAAGUCCUAUUGUUUUUCUUUAGGUUCCAUGGCAGCCGUCAAGUUCAUCCGCAGUGUUCAAGCAUGGGUUUGUGAAACAUUUGGCAUAGAAAAGACAAUCUUAUCGGUGACCAUGGCUACUCCCGAGGACACGAGAAUUAAUGCUGAGCACAUUAGAAUUGCUGAUCAGUUUGUAGAAGUUUCAGGGGGGACAAACAACAGUAACUAUACCAUUGUGUGACUUAUUGUUGAGGUGAGUUUAUCGAAUUCUUAUUACAACUUGCUUCCAAAUUAUACCUGUGAAUUGCAUUUCUUGAGACAUUUGAUUACACUCAUUGAUUAUUGGUUGUUCUUGGUAGGAGUAAAGAAUUUUUAAUGCU